CCUUGCUUGGCACCAAGAUGAAGGGAAGCCACAGUAACAAACAAAUCUUUGGGUUUUCUGUGAGUUUUCCAGGCUGCAUGGCUAUGUCCCAGUAGCAUUCUCUCCUGACGUUUCACCCAAUCUAUGGCAGGCAUCCUCAGAGGUUGUGAGGUUUGUUGGAAACUAGGGCCAAGAAAGGGAGCGGAGGGUCUGCCUGCAUUGAGAUCCUGAAUUCAGACCAUCUUAACUGAUUGCAAAAAUAUCAUCUGAGACAAAAUGUUAAUGAAUUCCAACACCAGGUGAAACAAAUGAAGCAAAAGGCAGACUGAAUUAUUAUUUUUCUCAGGAGGAGUUAUGAAAGGGAUAAUUGUCUGAAGUAGUAGAUACUGAAAAGUUUCACUCCGUAUCAUUGAUUAAUGCUCUUUCAAGUCAUUAAUCAUAAAGAGAUGAAAUGUGGAAAAGAAGGGACCACUGAAUCCUUUUUUGUUCGAAGUCAGACAUCAUGCAAAUAAAAUAAAACACAAAGGAACAUUUAUGUUAAGAAGGAAAAUGCCAAAGAAAAAGAAAAACCUAGGUGUGAGCCCAUCGAAAAAAAUCAAAAACACAGAGACAAUUCCGGCUGAAUUCAUGUCCUCAGCAUCUGAUCAAGCAAUGGUACAAACGCCACAUGGGACCAAGAAAGAGGAGCUCAUCAGCAAUCUUUCAGAAGUAUUUUCUGAUCUGGAUCCCACUGUCAUUUACAUGGUGCUGUCUGAAUGUGAUUUCCAAGUGGAAGACACAAUGGAUUACCUUCUGGAAUUGUCCACAGCUGCAAAGGAUAUAACAUCCGAAGUCUCAGGUUUUGAUUCCAUAUCUGCAUCACUGGUUGGUGAAAAUCAGCCUUGCUCUGAAACAGAUGGCCAAAGUUCUGCUUCAAUAAAAACUGUGAACUCUAGUAAAGAAACUGAGAAAUCUUUAUCAUCUGAAGAACUUUUGUCCUUGCUACAUAAUUCUUUGGGGGAAGAUAAUGUAGAUUGUGAAAUGAAGGAUUCAGAAAAUGACCAGAUCUUGGAUAAUCUUUCUCUGGCUUUGUACUAUAAUACUCCUGACUAUGUUAAGGAGUCAUCUCAGCAUGUAAAAUCCAGUUUAGGUUAUAAUGCUAUGCUUUCUUCACAACAAAUGGAAACAGACAGUGAAAAAAUAGAAAGCACCUUUACACCAUUAAAUGCAGAUUGCUAUAAAUCCUCUGACUUGAUUUGUAGAAAAUCAAGUGUUCAGACAAAGGCUAGCCCAUUAGAUGAGAUCGAUACUUUUGCAUCGGUUCCAGAGAACUGUAGUUUGCCUGCAGUAGUACUUGACAGUGGUGUGGUACUUGAAGGUAUUCCCCUAGCAGACAAGGAAGUGUCUGGUACUGACUCAUCUCAAACACAUAACAUUUGUUCGGACUUUACAACUGAAAAUGGAAUACCAACUCAACUCCACCAGGAAUUUGCUGAAUCUGAGACAGUUGUGUUUGAUAGUUUUACUUCACAAGAUGCUACAAACCAGGCACAUGCCAUGGAUGUGCACCAGAGUCCUAAAAAUGCUGCUGUGCCUGAUAUCUGUGCAGGAUCUGGUUUAAAAUUCACAUCUUUUAUGAAUGUUGACCCAACUCAUCAGAUGUGGAAUUCAGAAUUUUCAUUGCUUCAGAAGCAAGCACAAGGGCCUAUUUUUUAUCCUACAUUUUAUCCUCAAACUACAAAUCAUAGCUUUGUAACGCCAGUUGCAAUCAGCCCAGGGAAGUGGAGACCUUCUUCAGAUUACAGAAGUCUUCGAAAAACAUGUAUCCCUCAAGCAUUCUCUCAAUCCUGGGACAAUGGCUCCUCUGUGCCAAAGGUAUUGGGAAAUAAAGAUGGAAGUCAAAAAAUGAAUUUAUCUCAAGUCCAUCCACUUGUUGGUUAUCAUGCGGUGAGAAGGAAGACUCCUUUUGCAGGUCAUGUCCUUGUUCUUCUUAGAGGGGUUCCUGGAUCUGGCAAAUCAUAUUUGGCAAGAGCUCUGCUUGAAGAUAAUCCUGGUGGAAUCAUUCUUAGUACAGAUGAUUAUUUUUACCAAAAAAAUGGGGAGUACCAGUUUGAUGCUAACUGUUUAGGAGAAGCACAUGAAUGGAAUCGAAAACGAGCCAAAGAAGCUUUUGAAAAACGGAUCACACCCAUAAUAAUAGACAACACAAACACUCAGGCUUGGGAGAUGAAGCCUUAUGUUGUUUUGUCACAGCAACACAACUAUAAAGUUAUAUUUCGUGAACCGGAUACUUGGUGGAAGUUUAAACCAAAAGAACUGGAAAGGCGAAAUAUUCAUGGUGUGUCUAAAGAAAAAAUCAAAAAAAUGUUGGAACGCUAUGAACGUUGCCUGACGGUUAAUUCAAUUUUGAAUUCUUCAAUCCCAGAUGAAUUGAAAAGUGCAACCUGUGAUGAAAUUCUUCAUCAGAAAAAGGAACUAGGGAAAGAAAUUGUGCAUUCUUAUGGGGGAAAUGCAGAACUUUUUAUUUCACCUUUAAAAUGUCCAGAUGACAAACAUUUCUCAGAGAAAGCUGCAGUAGAAAAUCAGAAACUUAAGAAGGAAAAACAUGACACUACAUAUAAUUUACAAGAAUGCGGAGUCCAUCAGGAUGACUUGGGUAUUUACACCUCAUCCAGGAAAGACAAAAUUGAUUCUUCUUCUGAAAUGGAAGUAAUUAGAAGUGACAUCACAAUAUUAAGGGGAAAGGCACUCUUGGAUUCUUGCGUCAAUGAAAACAUUCAGGAAUGCAAUAACAGUGAAUUAAAAGUUCAAGUAGAAGCAAGUCAGUCCACUGGAAUAGUAAUAGAAACAAAAUCAACAGAGCAGCAACUUACGGACUUGAGAGAGUCAACUUUAGACAAAUCAGAGGUGUUCAAUUUUGUGGGAGACUGGCCAGUAGAACAAACUAUGGGGCAGAGGGUGAAAAGAGCCAAGAAACUUGCAAAGGAUCACAAAGAAGAUAAAGAUGCAAGCAUGACCAGUUUGGGCUCAUUAAAGAGUCAAAAAGAUGGUGAAAAAAUGGGCCUGAUUGAUAUUCUGAAGGAAAUGGGGCUUUCUGAAAAUAAGGACGAUGACAAUCACCAGGCCUCUGCCUCUAUGUCUGGAACUGAUUCAGAAAAAGAUACAACAGGAUGGCAAAUAGAAGGAGACUGGCCUGUUCAAAAUUCUCUAGGACAAAGGCAAAACAGACAGAAAAGAAUAUCUCAAAAAAUUCUUAAUGAAUCAGAAGGGAUUACAAGUAGUCAGUGUGAUACCAACAUAAAUAUUCCAAACACAGGAGUUAGCCUUUCAGGAACAUCUGCAAGCAUUGACGAAAAGAAGGAAGGUUUUCAGGCAUCUGAUAACUCAGUUUCUGACACCGUUUAUAAGAAGAAGCCAGUGCAGAAUAAAAGAAUACGGAAGCACCAUAAAUUAGCCCUAACAUUUACCAAUAAUUUGACCCUUAGCAAACCAGAGGAACAGUUGGCUUUGCAAAAUGAGCUGGAGCAGAAACCUGACGAAUGCAUCAUGAUAGUGACCAGCAAGCAUUCACAAACAGAACCUCGUGAUUUUGCUCUUCUUUGGAGGCUUGAAAGGAAAAUAGUAGUUUCACAGGAUACCAAAGUUUUACACGGCAGGCUAGAUGGGUUCAUACCAAAAAGUAUUGAUGCUACCUCAGAUUGUCCAGAAAAAAUACCUUAUAAAGUAACUUAUGAGAAAAGCACAUAUGUGGAAGAAAGUGAAUUUGUCAGUGUCGAUGAAUCUGAAAAUCUAAAUAUUUUGUGUAAACUCUUUGGCUCCCUUUCGUUUGAUGCACUAAAAGAUUUGUAUGAACGAUGUAACAGGGACAUUGAUUGGACUACAGGAAUCCUCUUAGAUUCCGAUGCAAAGUUAGGCAAAGAUGAUGAGAUUGAAUGCUUGCAGAAGAGAGGUACUCAGUCUCUUAAGUCUGAAGAAAAUGUUAAUUGUGAAGGGGCCGUUGCAAACUCUGAAGAGAUCAAGCAAGAAACAGUGGAUGUGACUUCUAGAUUUACUCCAGAUUCUGAAAUAACGAGUAACUUAGUUGAUAAUGGACAACAUAUAAUGAAAGAAAUCUCCAAGGAAAAUAAUGAAAUACCCAACUUGUUAGCAAAUGUGGUGAUUGCUCCCUCAGAAGGAGACAAUAAUUCCAACCCAACUCUUCCAGAAGCUCUUCCAGAAGAAGCAGAGGAGGAGGAGGCACCUCUCUUAGAUCAUACGAAAACACACACAAAAGAGAUGUACUCUGUUUCAGCGUUAGUAAAUGAGCAGCAGAACAUCACUGUACACAAUGAAAAGAAUGUGUGUGUCUCUGCGAUGGUAUCUGACAAUCUGAAUGGAAGCUUCAGCACUUUGAAACCUGCUUUUGAUAUGGUAUCAGAUAAUACAUCUUCAAAAUAUCAGGAGUACUCAGCUCUAAAAGAUACACGUGUUCAGGAGAUGUCAGAUGUAAGACAAACAGAAAAAUUGGGAAAUAUUGGAGGCAGGUUUGAAGAGCACAAAGAAAUAAAACCUAAACCAUUGUUUUCAAAGGAAGCAGAAAGGAAACAGAACAAUAUGCCUAAUCAAGAAGCUGACACAACCAAGAUACAGAACUCCACACCUGCGUCAAACCCUGUGAACAUAAAUUGUUUGGAGCUGACCUUACCUCCAGAAUUAGCCAUUCAAUUAAGUGAAAUAUUUGGACCGGUUGGUGUUGAUUUAGGAUCACUAACUGCUGAUGAUUAUGUGGUUCAUAUUGAUCUCAAUUUGGCCAGAGAAAUUCAUGAGAAAUGGAAAACAUCUAUUAUGAAGCGUCAGAAGAGAGAGGAGGACUUAAACAAGCUCCUUGAAGAAAAUCCUAUGCUAUUUGAGCAGUUGCACCUUGAUGAGCUGAACAGUGCCCUUUGUCAAUACGAAAAUAGUCAAGCACAAAAGUCUGGGAAAGCUGUAGAUGAAAUAUCUGGAAAGACAGUGGCUUCGGACAUUUUUCCUUUCAUGGACCACUGGAAUGUCCAGACACAGAAAGUAUCUCUUCGGGAGAUUAUGUCUGAAGAAAUUGCCUUGCAAGAAAAACAGGAACUGAAAUGUUCUCCUUUCAUGGCUAGAAAAGACUGUGCUGCCAGACUGAAAGAGAAGCAACUCCUGGAGCUAUUCCCAACGAUAAAUCCAAACUUCUUAAUGGACAUGUUCAAGGACAACAAUUAUUCUUUGAAACAAACGGUUCAGUUUCUAAAUACUGUCCUGGAAGCCGAUCCGGUAAAAACUGUUGUUGCCAAAGAAACUGCUCAGAGUGCCAUUCUACCGACUGCUUUGAAGAAAAAGGUCAAAAAGACCAAGGAGCUAGAAGACAUUCUCAGUGAGAACAUGUUUCAAGACUUUGACUAUCCUGGCUAUGAUGACUUCAGGGCUGAGGCAUUUCUUCACCAGCAGCGCAGGCAAGAGAGUCUGACAAAAGCUGGGGAAGCAUAUCGCAUGGGAAUGAAGCCUGUGGCAGCAUUUUAUGUGCAACAGGGUCGCCUUCACGAGCAGAAGAUGAAAGAAGCAAAUCAUGCUGCCGCUUCGCAAAUCUUUGAGAAGGUGAAUGCCUCCAAACUGCCUGAAAAUCUUUUAGAUCUUCAUGGUCUUCAUGUGGAUGAAGCUUUGGAUCAUCUGAGUAGAGUACUACAGGAAAAAGAAGAAGAGUGCAGCCUGGCUGGUGGUAAACCAUAUCUCUACGUGAUCACAGGAAGGGGAAACCAUAGCCAGGGAGGAGUUGCUCGCAUCAAACCAGCCGUUAUGAAAUACCUCACAAGCCACAAGUUCAGGUUCACAGAAAUAAAACCAGGCUGCUUGAAAGUCAUGCUGAAGUAAAUGGAUAUCACCAAGAUGACAGCAAUAGCUGGAAUAACGUCGCAAUUUAUUGGUGUUGCUGUGUAUUUUGAAAAACAAUAUUUUUCUGGAAAUCUAUUAACUUAUUUUUAGCAGAUGUUUUUUGGUCAUAUCACUUCUCCUUUCCGUACGAAAACUGAAUGGGGUGGUGGUUUUUAAGAUAUUUAUUUUUGCAGGCCAUUGCUCUCAAGAAAUGCGUUGUGAAGUGCAUUCUGCUUUUUGUACAAGAAGUGACCUUUCAAAGGGAAAUAACAGUUCCAUCUUGUAACAGUAGCUGUGAAUGUCUGGAGCACUAUCCUUUUUGACGUUGUCCUUUUUGUAUUAGCAUUUUUAAACCUGGCAAGUUUUAAAUAUUUCUUUUUGCAAAAAAAAUGUUUACCAUGCUCACCUUUUUUGACUAAAUUGCAUCACUAACUGCCCUGAGUCCUUUCGGGGAGAGAGGACAGGUUAUAAAUAAAGAUUUAUAUGAUUAUUAUUAUUCAAA